AUGUCCAACGAAGAGCAGCGCAUGCGUCGGAUGCGCCGGAUGGCCUAUUUUGCCUCUGAGUCGGGGAUGCCCGAAUAUGGGAGUCCAAGCAGCUCGGUGUCAAGUCUAUCGAGCACUGGUGAUGUCGUCUUUUCUUCGCCAGCAUUGGCUGCCACUCGGGAGAACGAAGUAGUUGACUUGGACGAUGACGGAGGAGUAUUUAGCUGGCCUGCAGUCGAGUCGCCAGCUGCCCACGUUCUGAUGCACCCGGGCCAGCGCACGAGGAUUCGCAACAACCAGUCAUCACCAGCUCCGAUUACUCCAUCACAAGCCGCUCUAACUGCCGGUGACCGAUGGCGACAUGUGCUUGCAAUUGCCGUAAAUAGAGAAUCUGAACAAGCAAACGAUCCAAGCACCUCAUUGGCCCGCCGUAUCGCCGCCCGAGACGCCCUGCGCCAGUCACAAUCCCAGUCUCAGUCUUCAAACACAUCCACAGAGCCAACCUAUCCCACCGCACGGCUUGUCUCUCGCACCACCAUCCCGUUACUGAACCGAACCUCCUGCGGAUCUCAGACGGUUGGCAACCACACGCGAGGCCGAGCGACAAUUACAUUACCUGCAGGAAUAACCCCUGGCCGCCUUAUUCCCACUUCAUCAUAUGCCCGUCGACGCCCCAGACUGCCAUCGCUCUUGGACCCCAAUGGCGACGAAGAGGACGACGUAUCCGAGUUAUCUCGUCUCCACCGCCGUAUGUCUCCCAGUGCGGUCGCCGACAUUCCGCCAGACCGGGAACAUGUCUCGACUGCGCGAUGGCUCGAGUACGAACGACGCCUUAUCCGGUCUCGUAUUUGGUUCAGCGGUCAAAACCCCAAUGACCCUAACGGUGAGGAUGAAGACACCCCAGCAGCGCGCAGCAGGUACUGGAAUGCACGUCCGAGCUCCGGCACCGAUAAUUUGCUUUCACUAGCCACCGAGAUAUUGGCCCUCCUAACACGCCUUCAAUCUUCUGCAGCUGCCGAGCGACAUGCCCAGCGUAGUCCGACACCCGCUACACCCCCCGGCUUGGGCAUAUUCGAUUCCGAGAAUAGCCACACGGCAAACCCCGAGCCACGCAGUGUCUCAACCAAACCAGACCCACUGCCAACGCCCUUGGAGAGCAUGCUUCUACCUACAUCAAAGCAGAGCGUCCAUAAAAUCUCUUCUUCCCUGGCUCUUGCUCUCUCAACCCCCACUCAUCAUGGCAAGUUCACCUCGUCCCCCUACUGUGUCUUGACUAAAAUUUCGCCCAUCAAGACAUAUACAACAACACCCGAAGGCGCCGUUGUCAUAUCCUACAAAACACUGACUACCGCUCCCGAAUCCCUCGCACCCGCCAUUGAACGUGCAUUCGGGUCCGACCCGGACUGCCUUGGGAUCUUGGUUGUCACAGAUCUCCCGGUCGAGUAUCCAGCUAAAAGGGAACGGCUACUACGACUCGCAUCGGCAUUUGCGGCGCUUCCUGAAGAUGUGAGGGAGAAGUACAGCGACGAGUCGACUCGGUAUAGUUUUGGAUGGAGCUGGGGGAAGGAGAUUAUGAACGGCAAGCCGGGUGAGCGUGUCUCGCUUGAUUACGGUCGUAAAAUUCGAUUGUAUUGGUUCUUACAUUUGAGGCCAGACACACUCAAAGGGUCGUACUAUGCCAAUCCAGUAGUCGACGAUCCAAAUGUCGAUCCGCAAGAAAAGGUUGCGCACCCAGAGUAUACGGAAAGAACAUUUGGCCCGACAGAGACGAACGUGGAGUCGAAGGGUUUGAAGAAGCGUUCAAGGAUCUCGGACGCUAAUGGGCACACAAGCAAAGCUCGUCUCCUCCACUACUUCCCUCCAACUGCCGAGAACCCGCUUCCGGCAGAAGACGAGCCCAUCGACUCAUGGUGCGGGUUCCAUCUCGACCACUCGAUGCUCACCGGCCUUUGCUCUGCCAUCUACUUGAAUCAACCCGACUCUAAAAUCGUUCCCCCUCCAUCCUCACAAUCAGGUUUGUACAUACGUACUAGGGGCGGAAACCUCGUCAAAGUAUCUAUUCCUCCCGAUGCGCUUGCGUUCCAGACGGGCGAGGCCCUCGAACUCGCCACGGCUGGACGACUCCGUGCUACACCUCAUUGUGUGCGUGUAGGCGCCGGUCCGGGAGCGGAAAAUGUCUCAAGAGAAACGUUCGCGCUGUUCAUGCAGCCCGAUACCAAGCAGGUACUCAGUGAGAAAGAUACAUUUGGUAGUUUCUCUCAGCGCGUGUUUGCCGAGCAUUAUGAUGCACCCGUGCCUGCUGCCGCAUGA